AUGGAUGAUUACGAUGCAAUUAAUAAUCUAGAUGUAGGGACACCCCAUGAUAGGACGGACAUUGAUCUGGUUCCACUUGCAAUUACUGACAAUUUGGAUGAAUUGACUAUAAAGGAAUUUGAUGAAUUACAAUCAGCCUUGAUUAUUCGAGCAGAUACAUCAGAACCUGCCCACUUUAUGCAAUGUAUUGAAGAGAGAUUGUGUUAUUAUGUUAAAAAUCCAAAAUUAUUCAAGACUUCGGAGGAGUCCACUGAAUCACAUUGGACGAGAUUCAUGCUCGAUCAGAAAUGUAUAUUCAAGAAGGUGGAUAGGAUUAAUGAAUCCAGUUUUUGUAGCUUGCAACCUCAAGUGAUGAGGAGCUUUCUGAGAGGAUAUAAUAUUGUUUUCUUCACGUUAUAUUCUGGAACUUAUACGGGAUUUGAUUCAGUUGUUGUAGGUGUGAUUAAUGAUUUAAUCAACAGUGGAGAGUUGUCUGUAGUGUUUUUGAGAGGAGCAGGACGAUCAGUUCCAAUGAGACUUGGUUUUGUGAGAAGAAAGGACGCAAAUGAUGGUUAUGUGGAGUAUACAGAUGGAACUUAUGUACAACUCUUGCUUCAAAAUAUUAAGCAAUUGGAUAAUCAGAGCUUGACUAUAUUUGUGAAUAAGUGUAUGAACAAAUUAGAAAAUAGAGUUCAAACAAUUGGUGAAGUGGAAGAGACUAUUGAGGAUUGUUUGAAAUUGGAUGAUUUAUACAUUUGUGGAGUUUGUGACACCACCUUGAGUAAUGUAAAUGAUUGGCAUUUACUUGCUAGGAGUGUAAGUGAAAGGGAGAAAUAUCCAUGGGUUAUUCACAAAACUAAGAAGGUAAUGUUCACUCCAUGGUAUGGAUAUAGUCAUGGAAAUGAAAACCAAUGCCUACUGACCUUGUAUGCAUUGAGAUAUCUUUUGUAUGAACAUAUGAAGCACUUCCACAAUAUCAAUAGUUUCAAAUCUAAUUUAUUGAUCAAAAUAAUUAACAAUCAACUCUCUGAUAUCUCAAUAGAUUUUGAAUAA